CGACGCUACGUUUCGAAGCCACUUCUCAUUCAAAAAACAACUGUGAACGUGAUCGGUAACGGUGCGUGUUUUCUCUUCCGCCUUACAGCGUCUCUUUGCGAAAAUAACUUAAAAGAAAUGAGUGGGAAAGAAAGCGGAUAAAAAUCACCAACAAUAGCAAAUGAAAAAAGUAAAGUAACACUAUCGUUUCGAUUGAAUUUGUAACAUAAAUUCAAUAUUUAAGAGACAUGUGCAAUCGGUCAAAACGUGCGCAUAACUCAAAAGCAAAUAGAUAUUACAAUUGAUGCCUUUUGAAAUCGAUUUUUUGUAGUUUUUUUUUCUUUUUUCGUGUGUGCAAAAGUCUUUGUGAAUGAUAUGAUAAUACAUGUGAUACAGUUGCAGAAAUAAAAUAGAGAAAACAACGAAAUCGAAUAAAAAACAGUGUUGUCUUAAUGAGACUAACAAUAGUAAAUGUACAACUGCAGCGAAAAAUGAAAGGCAACCAGCGACGGGAAAACUUAAAGCAACUGAACAAGAUUUAGUGUCUUCCUACAAAAAAGUUUGAACUGGCUCCUACCAGCAAGCUAACCAACACACAUAUGCAUAAAAUAUAAAAUUCUUAAAAACCAAACAAAAAAAUAAACUCAACCGCCAUCAAAACGAAAUCCAAAACGAGCCAAUCUGUGGUGUUUAUUAUUUAUUUAUAUGCUAAUUUAUUUUUACAACAACUUGGUAUUAACCCACAAUCAAACAAAAACAAAAGUCGGGGAAAGAUAAAGGAGAAGCAACGAAAAGCAAAAGCAGCGCACCUUCCUCGGCGUCUUUGUUUUGGGAUAUAAAACAGCAAAAAAUUACCCCUGCUCACAACCAAAUCAAACAAAACAAGAAGAAUUAACAUUCUGCAAACAAACUGCAAUUUGGAGAGAUCUUUUUUUUACUGCGUCUCGACCAAUUCACAUGUUAUUUGGCUUUAUGUGGCCAGACUUGCGCUAGCCAGGAGUAAGCGAUCGAUCGGUCCCGAGAAGAUGUCUCCGCCCAAUUGUCUGCUGGCUGUUCUGGCGCUCACGGUUUUCUUAGGGGCCAACAACGCCCUGCCUAUCACCUCGCGCCCCAUUGAGGGGAACGUCCAGAGGAUGGUGUGGGAGGAUUGGGUGAACCUGGACCCUGAGCAGAGAAACCUAACCAAGGAGAAGAAGAUAACCGCCAAGUCGAUAUUCACGCUGCCGUUUCGCCACUGUCCGCAGGGUCACACGCUGUUCAACCAGCUUUGCAUCCCGCAGUCCAACAUUGAUCCCACGGAUCUGGUCAAACAGGAACUCAUCCUGGCCGGGGGUUCCAAUGGCAGUCCCCCACCGCCACCCAUUGGAGACUAUGACUACGGCGACGACGAGGAGAGUGAAGAAAUCGUGUACGAUCUUUCAGUCAUACCUAUAGCCAUGCAGGAUGGUUUACCGUCCAGCGUUGGCGCCGGGGAUCAAGCCCUGCCCAGCGAGGAUGCACCACUGAAAUUCAAUAUUUUUGAGAAGAAAUUCGCCACGGGCACGGGUGAGCCCGAGGAGCUGCCACUGCCGCCGGACAUGGCUGCUGCAACAUAUGUCAAAAACAUCAGUAGCACAGCAGAAACAUCAACUAGCACCACGCCCACGUCAACGGCGACUGUUGCCCUACCGUUUGUUCCUUCGGGAGAGGCCAGUAACCGCAUUCCCGGCGGCGAUUUGCUGGCGGCCCCCAGUGAUGCCUUCUCCACAUCGACAACACUUACCAUGCCGACCAGCAACACCACCACCACCAGCAACAAGGACAUCGGCCAAGUAGAGUCCAUUGUUUUGCCGGCGGAGCAGGAGCACGAUGGCCCUGUGCACCUGGUGAGCAGUUCUCUUACCGACAAUGACAGUGAUGACUCCUCUACCGCAUUGAAUGAAUUUAACGCGGAGGCGGAUCUGGCACAACUGCUCAAGGUCGACGCCUUUUUGCCGGUCAACGAUGGCAGCAUUGAGUUGGUGCAGCCCCUUUUUAGUCAUCGCAAGGUGGCGCCGCCGUUGAGCGCAGACCAGGAUGUAAAAACCAAACACGAGGUUGAGGCUGCAGAGAAGGUAGGAGCGGAGCUGGAAGAGGAAGAGGAAGAGGGGGAGGUGACCGCUACGAACAUAUUACCAAGUGAGGAAGACGAGUAUACCACAGAGACGGCAACAACCACAGGGGACUCAACGGUUGCGGAGGCGUCAAUGGAUACAUCGACUGCCACCUCCACCUCUGGCCAAUCAUCACCACAUCCGCCAGAAGAACCCGAGAUAGAUGAACGUGAAAAUCGCCUGGUCUUGAUAAAAUCGAAAGUGCAACCGGUUCAGUUAACGACAACAGCUUCGGCAACUGCAGCUGAUGUUGCUGAUUCAAGCUCCUCAACUGACCGGUUUCACUAUCAGCAUUUUGUCGAAGAUGAGGCCGCUAGCAGUACCACGACGGCAACACCAGAGCCCAGCAGCAGCACUCCCGGCGAUCCGAUCGAGCAGUCCGAUAUGCCGGCGAGUGACAAUGACAAUUUAAUGACAAAUACAAUUGGCGGACGCGGCGACGACGAUAAUGAUAGGGGCCAUAAGGCUACCAGUGAAAUUGAUGUCCAACAGGAACUGCGGCUCAUCAACGAGCUGGUAAAGGGCAAGCAAGGAAAGCAGCAUCAGCCACAGAAACAAGAGCUUGAGCCAACCAGUACAGAAAUAACUUCAGCGUCAACAUCAACAACAACUGAGGAUGCCACCACCACAGCAGCAUUCACAAAUUGGUCAAAGGUGAUGCCGCAAUUGGGACAGAGCACAUCUGAAACAGCAGCCACCACAGAGACAGUUGCAACAUCGAGCGGGGUUAAUGAAAGCGGCUUGACAGCAACGUCAGCAUCAACAGAAGUAAAAGAUUUAAGUAUUACUAAUCGUAGCUAUAGAAAUAGUAAAAUAAUUAGAGUAGAUCGCUUGGCCGAAGAGCCGGAAGGAACUGUCGCAUCUGCAGCAAGUACGGAAUCAGCAGCAACCGCCGCCACACCUCCCAACAGCAGCAGCAACCCAGAUGGCUAUACGCCCUUCUGGUGGCUACCGAGUAUUGGGUGGCGUCUGGACCGCCAUCUGGAUGGGAAUGGCGAGGAUCAGUCGCUGUUGCUGCGGUUCUUCAGCACAUUUCGCGGCAGCAACACGGUAGCAACCACACGCUAAUAGCAACAUCAUCAGCAGCAGCAGCAACUCCUGGCUCUGGCUAGCGACUAGAGCCACAGGAAGUAGCUGGGUGCCGCAUAGUCUAGUGCAGGAUAGUGUCGUGUUAGCAACAGCGUUUCAAUGGCGUGUUGAAGUUUGUUCACAGUUAUCUCACCUUAACAUUUUUCCCUUUUCUGAGUAAAUAUUUAUUGUCUUUUAAUGUUUUAAUCGAAUAUUACUUGUACAUAGCAUGUCCAAACACACUACUUAACAUCAACUUUUGCAUAUUUUUUUUGCCUUGGCGUUAUAUAAUACCUUAUUUUUUUUGUGUUAUUGCAACUGCUUUCUUUUUUAAGUUGUUGAUUUAAUUUUAGGGCAAUUUUUUUUACAUUACAAUAGUUUUAUAUGUGAGUGCUGCUGUCGUUGUUGCGAGCCUUAGCAAUAUUUAAUUGUGAUUACUUAGGCAUAUGAAUUGAUCGUUAGACUUAGGCAAUCUUAUUUGUAUAUCCAGAAUCUUUUGAUGUAUCAUAUUUUACUACUAUUAUUACCAUUGUAACUUAAUAUAUUCAUAUAUGUGCGUACAAUCUGAGCAUUUGUUGUAUAUUCAUUAGUGCAGAAACCUUUCAAAUCCAAGCAUUUUUGAAACAACACGUGUAUCUAUACCUAGCAUGUAAGCGCAACAGUUCUGCUAACCAUUGUAAACACAAAUCGAAACUAAAGCCUAAAAAAUAGUGUAAUGCAUGUUUAUAUUUAUAGAAAAUGCGUUUCGAUCCAUUAACUCAAACAAAUCGAAUUGAAUCGAACGAAACGAAUCAGGCAACCAUCAUGUUUUUGUCAAUUGAAAUUCAACCAACAAAUUCAACCAAAGUUCAUAAGAAAAACAAAUGCAAGAAUGCAA